AUGGAAGUCGCCGAGCUCCUCAAGAAAGGCUACCUAAGGGAGUUCCUCUUGGAUAAGGCCAAGAACCUUCUAAAUAAGGAAGGUCCCGGUCUCCCUAUCGAAGCUGCUCCCGCAUUACCACCGCAGCAAGAUCGGGUGAUCCAUGUCAUCUCGGGCGGAUCAGAGGUAAGGGGAAUCAGCAGUGCUGCUGCCAAGAGAAGUACUAGCAACGCCAGGAACGGCCAAGAGGCCGAGGGCUUCAGUGGAGAAGUCAAGCAAACCCUAGGAGAGGUCCUUCUCCCCGCGUACGCCGAGGGGAUAAACCAAGCCACGAAGUUCCUAGUCGUCGACUGCCCUUCAUCAUACAACGUGAUGUUGGGAAGGCCUUGGGUCCACGACAUGGGAGCCGUACCUUCAACUUUGCAUCAGCUAGUCAAGUUCCCAACCCCCUGGGGCAUUAAGGCGGUCAAGGGAGAUCAAGAAAAUGCUAUGUCCUACUAUCAGACCACUCUAAAGGGGAAGACCCAGCUCUUAUAG